GCAGGAAAGAAAAAUCCUCUCACGACUGGAUCCAGCAAUUCCGGGGCAGCACACAUCCCAUCGGACCCCAGAGCUGUAUCCCAGAAAGGUCCAUGUGUGGAAAACAGUUUGCACUUCAGAGCCUGGCCCAGCCACAAUCUUCACCCCUGCCGGGGACAUGGAGCUUGUGAUCCAGGCUGAGGAAGAGAAAGGGCCUGCUCCAGGCUUUCGUUUCCUGGCUGAAGUUUCUCUUGUGGGUGCAGCGUCUGCAUCCCAGGGUGAUGAGGUUAAGGGCUCAGCGGCGGUGUGAGUGGUAGUAUUCCGAUAGCCCUUGUGCCGGUCACCCGAGGACAUUCAUCCUCUCUCCGACUGCCAUGGACAACGGGUCGUGCUGUCUCAUCGAGGGAGACCCCAUCUCCAAGGUGAUGCCACCGCUACUCAUCCUGGCCUUCGUGCUUGGUGCCCUAGGCAACGGGAUAGCGCUGUGUGGUUUCUGCUUUCACAUGAAGACCUGGAAACCGAGUACUAUUUACCUUUUCAACUUGGCCGUGGCUGAUUUUCUCCUCAUGAUCUCCCUACCCUUGCGGACAGACUACUACCUCAGACGGAGGCACUGGGCCUUUGGGGAUAUUCCCUGUCGCCUGGUGCUCUUCAUGCUGGGCAUGAAUAGGGCGGGGAGCAUUGUCUUCCUCACCGUGGUGGCUGCUGACAGGUAUUUCAAAGUGGUCCACCCCCACCACCCGGUGAAUGCCAUAUCCAACCGGACAGCAGCUGCGGCAGCCUGUGUGCUCUGGACCUUGGUCAUCUUGGGGACUAUGUACCUUCUCAUGGAGAGUCACCUGUGUGUGCAGGAAACAGGGUCGUCUUGUGAGAGCUUCAUCAUGGAGUCAGCCAACGGGUGGCAUGAUAUCAUGUUCCAGCUGGAGUUCUUCCUGCCUCUAGCCAUCAUCGUGUUUUGCUCCUUCAAAGUUGUCUGGAGCCUCAGACGGAGGCAGCAGCUGGCCAGACAGACUCGGAUGAAGAGGGCCACCCGCUUCAUCAUGGUGGUGGCUGCUGUGUUCAUCACGUGUUACCUGCCCAGCGUGUUAGCCAGGCUCUAUUUCCUCUGGACAGUGCCCUCCAGUGCCUGUGACUCCUCUGUCCACACAGCCCUCCACGUCACCCUCAGUUUCACCUACCUGAACAGCAUGCUGGACCCUCUCAUCUACUAUUUCUCAAGCCCCUCGUUCCCCAAGUUCUAUACCAGUCUCAAAAUCUGCAGUUUGAGACCCAAACGCCCAGGACACUUGAAGACACAGAGGUCAGAAGAGAUGCCAAUUUCCACCCUCUGUCGUAAGAGCUCCGUCGAUGGGGCAAAUAGCUCCCAAAGGCCGUCAGAGGGGCAGUGGGAUCUCCAAGUGUGUUGAAUGGCGUUAAGGCAAAUGGCCCAACCACAAGGCAGAGGGAUGGGCAACUGUGAGUUAAAUGGGUGGGGACUUCAAAAAUGCCACCGCUGUUUCUCAGCUGUGUCUUUCAGGUGGAAAUGAAUUCCAUGUCAUUCUGCCUUUUCCAGAAGGGUCCAGUUGCUUGAAGUGAGUUAGUUGUGUUUAAAUAUUCUGAUUGCUAUGGUAAGAG